AUGGCAAAAACAUCGAAAAUGGUACCACAAAAAGAAGCUGCUUCAUCUUCCCAAUUGGCCUGCGGAAAAACGUCGGUGGAACCUCGUCUUGAGGAAUGCAUUCCUGGGGGCCUGGGAAAGUAUGCGGUCAUGAGGCCCCUAUCUGGUGAGGAGGAGACUUCGAUCCUGGUAUCGAAAUCGGCGAAGGACAAAAGGAGGAAAAAGACCUCAACCUCCGAGGAUCCAGAACCUAAGAAGAAGAAGGCUCGUAAGCUGAAGAAGAACAUCAUCCUUCUGACCGAAGACUAUGUUCGACGUCUAAUGGAGGAAGAGGAAGAAGAGGAAAAAGACGACUCCGGGAUGGGAAAAGACUUUGGCGAAGUCCCCGAGUCAUUGAGGAUUGAAGAUGCCUCCCACCAUAAUGAGCCAACGGUGGGUACGGCUGUAAAGGCUAGUCUCGAGCCCCCUCGAGAUGGAGAGAAUGCACCAAAUGAUCCACUCGAGGCAAUAGAAAUUGUAGGCUCACCUCUGCUCCUCUCGUUUUCUGAGGAGAUGAUUCAAGAGGCUCGGGCCUUGAAGACCCCCUCCAUCGAAGGAACCCACGGAAGGGAGGACCUCUUCCGUGAUUACUUUACUAGGGUCGAAGAUGCUACCGGCCUGAGCGACUUGGAGGCCUCAAUGCUUAAUCGGGAAGAAUUUUCUCGGUCUCGAGCUGAGCUGAGUCGGUAUGAGGCUGACAUUCAAAGGCUUACCGAGGAGAGGAAUGCCCUCAACCUUCUCGGUGGGCAAAAGAAGAAAAGAUCAAGGACCUCCGAGCCGACAGAAGGUCGAAAGGAUCGAGCAAUUCCACGAGAAGGUCGACAUGAUGAAGGCGGAGAUCUUGGGGUGGAAAGAAAGUACCGCAUACAAAGUGAUAAAAAAGUUGCCAUCUGCAGCGUCCACCCAUCCGAGCAAGCUACAUUGCAAUGCCUAGGAUGUGUGAAGGCCAAAAUCCCCGUUGCCAAGAGUUAUCAUUGCUCGCCAAAAUGUUUCUCAGAUGCAUGGCAGCAUCAUCGUGUUCUGCAUGAACGUGCUGCUAGUGCUGUGAAUGACAACGGAAAUGCGGAGGAAGAAUUAUUUGGGCGAUUCAAUAGUACAGGAUCUGGUGUUAAUAUGAGCUUGACUUCUUCGCAAUCAAGCUGUAGCUUGACAAAUGGAACGGCACCAUUAUAUCCUGCAGCUGUAGCUCAAAGAAACGGUGGUGAAACUUGGUUUGAAGUUGGACACUCUAAAACUUACACACCAUCUGCAGAUGAUAUUGGUCACGUCCUUAAAUUUGAAUGUGCUGUCAUCGAUGCAGAAACCAAAUUACCUGUUGGACAUGCUAGUACCGUGUUAACGUCUCGAGUGAUUCCAGCUCCAUCUCCUACUCCACGUCGCUUGAUUUCAGUUAAUGGGCUUGAUAUACCAGUGCAUCUGGACUUAGAUAGUCGUUUAUCAUCUUCAGGAACUUUUACUGUGCUUUCAUACAACAUUCUGUCUGAUGCAUAUGCAACAAAUGAAUUGUACAGUUAUUGUCCCUCUUGGGCUCUUACUUGGACUUAUCGGAGACAAAAUCUAUUGCGUGAAAUAAUUGGCUAUCGUGCUGACAUUGUUUGCCUUCAAGAGGUUCAGAGUGAUCACUUUGAGGAAUUCUUCGCUCCUGAGCUGGACAAACAUGGUUAUCAAGCUCUGUUCAAAAGGAAAACAGCUGAGGUGUUUGGUGGAAAUAUAAAUACCAUUGAUGGUUGUGCCACAUUUUUCCGCCGAGAUAGAUUUGCACAUGUUAAAAAAUAUGAGGUUGAGUUCAAUAAAGCUGCUCAAUCUUUGACUGAAGCCUUAGUUCCUAGUGCCCAAAAGAAGACCGCACUAAGUCGUUUGGUUAAGGAUAACGUUGCACUUAUUGUGGUUCUGGAAGCAAAGUUCAAUAACCAGGGGAUUGACAACCCUGGGAAGCGCCAACUUGUUUGUGUGGCCAACACACAUGUAAAUGUUCAUCAAGAGUUAAAGGAUGUUAAACUUUGGCAGGUUCACACACUUUUAAAAGGACUAGAGAAAAUUGCUGCUAGUGCUGACAUUCCAAUGCUAGUCUGUGGUGAUUUUAAUUCAGUCCCCGGAAGUGCUCCUCAUGCACUUCUGGCAAUGGGGAAAGUUGAUCCAAUGCAUCCAGAUUUAGCAAUGGACCCUCUUGGUAUUUUGCGUCCAGCCACAAAGUUGAUGCAUCAACUGCCAUUGGUCAGUGCUUACUCAUCCUUCGCUCGAAUGCCUGUGGUUCUUGGACUAGAGCAGCAACGGAGGAGGAUGGAUCCUAGUACCAAUGAACCCUUGUUUACAAACUGCACUAGAGAUUUUAUUGGGACUCAUGAUUAUAUAUUCUAUUCUGCGGACUCUCUAACUGUUGAAUCGUUGUUGGAGCUCUUGGACGAGGAAAGCUUGAGAAAAGAUACAGCACUUCCUUCUCCAGAGUGGUCCUCCGAUCAUAUAGCACUCUUAGCUGAGUUUCGCUGCAAGCCUAGAACUAGACGCUGACAAUUGGUCUUGCUGGAGGAUGAAUUGAAAAAUAGAAGAACAAAAAGUCAAAAAGGAGAAAUAUGUCAAUUGUAAGAAUGGUAACUAAUGACGUUGGUAUCCCGUGGUGGGGUAGCUGCUCAGCUUCUUUGUAUCAUGCCACCUUAUCAUCACAUAGAAAAUUAUGAUAGUUUUUAAUCAAUCUUUCUUUAAAUUUUCAAAGAGUCAUCCGGUUCGUGUCACUAUAUGUUCUUUAGACUAAAGGCACAAUGGGAAAAGGGUUACAGAGUUCGAGUAGAAAAGCUUAGGGGUAGAGGAGGAAAUGUAGUUCAGUUUUGUGGAUUUAAUUUACUGAAAAUCCUGAGUGAUGUAUAAAUAUAUACUCCAACGUUAUAAAGAUAAUAGGGCAUGGGCGUUUCAGGAAA